GCAGCACGCCACACGCCACGUUGGAAGACUUGACGGGUCGUCGCAUCCCGUUGAACUCGUCGUGUGCUGUGUUUUGCGCACUGGAAAAGUUUUUCUCGUUCACGGCUGCGUCCGAGCGCGAAUCAAGAUGAAAGUCAAAGAGCUGCUGAAGACAGUGAACGUAGCAUGGUCCCCGCCAGCUCAGCAUCCCAUUAUGCUAGCUGCCGGGUCAGCGGCACAGCAGUUAGAUACCAGUUUCAGUACUUCUUAUAGUUUAGAUCUAUAUUCACUAAAUCUGCAACAGCCGGGAUAUGAAAUGGAACUAAAUGCCAGUAUCCCUAGUGAUCAUAGGUUUCACAAAAUUGUCUGGGGAUCCUGUGGAAAUAAAUCAGCAGGUAUAAUUGCUGGUGGUUGCGAGGAUGGUACUAUACAAAUAUAUUCUGCUGCAAAAUUAUUGGCCAGAGAAAACAAUUGCUUGAUAAGCAAUCCUCAUAAGCAUUCUGGUCCUGUCAGGGCAAUGGAUUUUAACCCUUUCCGAAAUCAGCUUGCUACAGGUGCGACAGAUAGUGAGAUCUUUGUUUGGGACAUUAAUACAAGCACGCCAACAAUCAUCUCUAAGAGUCAACAGUUAGAGGAUGUUCAGCAUAUCGCUUGGAACAAACAAGUACAUUUGCAACAGAUUCUUGCUUCGACGUUUUCACAAUGCUGCAUUAUCUGGAAUACGAAAGAAAAGAAACCAGUAUUCAAACUGACAGAUACAAAUACAAGGGUACGCUGGAAAGUUGCUCAGUGGCAUCCAGAGAUCGGAACACAAUUGUGCUUGGCAUCUGAAGAUGAUCAGACACCUAUUAUUGAAGUAUGGGACGUAAGAUUUCCAACGUCACCUUUAAAAGCUCUACAAGGUCAUCAUCGUGGUGUUCUUUCAAUUGCAUGGAAUCCGCGCGAUCCUGAUUUACUUUUAAGUUGUGCCAAAGAUAACAGAAUCUUAUGCUGGAAUCCCAACUCAAAUGUAUUGAAUGGUGAAAUUGUAUGUGAAUUAGCCCAAACGGCUCAAUGGAACUUCGAUGUGGCUUGGUGUCCGAGAAAUCCAGCAUUAAUUGUUGGCAGCAGUUUUGAUGGUCAUGCUGCUGUCUACUCUUUACUAGGUGGACAACAGCAAAACACAUCUAACAAAAUAGAAUCAUUCCCAGGAAUGGAUCCUUUUUCUACACAGCAUACAGUACAAACACCCGCAGUAUUAACGAAAGCUCCUAAAUGGUUAAAGAGACCAUUUGGAGCAUCAUUUGGAUUUGGUGGUAAAUUGGCAAUUUUUGAAAAUCAGCCUGUUGAUAAGAAAUCAAACAAGGAUGAAAGUAAUAAAGUUAUUAUAGCGCAAGUAAUUGUACAACCCAAUCUUAUUCAACGUUCCAACAAAUUAAAAGCAACAUUAGAAACCGAGCAAUUCAGUGAUUUUUGUAAAGAGAAGAUGGAUAAUUCUUCAGAUGAGCAUAUUAAGAAAAUUUGGAGAUGUGUAUGUGCUUACUUUGAUGAAGAAGUAACGAAAAGUAUAUUAGAGCUAUUGGGUUAUAAUAUCGAAAUGAUGAAUAAUAAGCUGAAUAAAUUUGUACCUCAAGAUGAUAUAAACAAUAUCACAGAAAGUGUCUCUAAUCUUAAUAAUGUGUUAAAUGGAAAUGUACCUGGCAGUACUGCAUUUGAUGCCAUGGCACAAGAGAAAAGCAAAAAAAUAGUCAUCAAAAAACUUGCAGAUAGUACUUACACCAUAAAUACUUCUGAUGAUGAGGAUGGUCUUAUCACUCAAGCCAUUCUAUUAGGAAAUAUUGAAGCUGCUGUAUCUUUGUGCUUUACUAGCAAAAGAUAUGCCGACGCCAUAAUUCUUUCGAUGGCUGCUGGUCCUGAUCUAUUAGCGCGCACCCAGUACAGAUACUUCUUAGAAAACUCCAGUUCAUUAAAUUCUCUCAUCAAUUCAUUAGUUAGUGAGAAUUGGGCAGAAAUUGUCAAGAAUAGUGAUAUAAAAUCCUGGAAGGAAGUACUGGUUGGUAUAUUUACACAUUCCAAUACACAGGAACGACCUAUUUUAUGCGAUAUGCUUGGCGAUCGCUUGACGUUAUGUGAGAACCCUGCUCUUAAGAAACAAGCACAAAUAUGUUAUAUUUGUUCUGGCAACUUGAAUAAAUUGAUCGAAGUGUCUGAUUCUGAUAUUCAAGAAAUAGUUGAAUUGAUCGUAAUAAUGCAGAAAGCCUUGGAACUUCAAGGUAUCAGAGAAAUUCAAAUAGAAAAUAAAAUUGCUACUGUCUUAUCUCAGUACGCUGAAAUGCUGGCCGCAGAAGGCGAUCUGGAAGCUGCCUUGAAUUAUCUCGGGAACAGUCAAGAGCAAAGAGUUUCGAUGUUAAGGGAUCGUUUGAUUAAAGCUUUAAAUUACAGACAAGAUCAAAGGCAUGUUACAAAACCUACAACUCAGAACUACUAUCAAGAACAGACACAAAGAAUGCCGCAGAAUUCGCAAGGCAUAUAUAAUCCGCUGCAGCAACCAUUACAGCAAACGAUGCCUGUACAGAACUGGAACACAGCUCCACUGAAACAAACUUAUGGAGCUACAAAUCAAUUUAAUGCUCAGCCAGCUCAGAUGUACGGAAUGCCUCCUCCUCCUCAACCUCAAGCGCAAUCUACAAUCUACGACCAAUAUUCUACGUCACAUCCGUACAAUCAAAUUCCCGUAGCGCAAUCGUCAAAUCCUCCUCCUCCACCUCCACCAACAUCCAGUUCUAAUUUGAGUAGCUCGAGACCAUCCAGUGUCGGACCUCAAUCGAGAACAAAGUAUCUGCUAGAUCCAUCUGUAAAAGCCACUCCAUCAUAUAAUCAGAAUACUUUCCCGCCGUCAAAUCCAUUGUACAAGCAAGUCCCGCCUGUUUCUGUUUACUCUCCGCAAAGUUCAUAUCAAUCGCAAGGUCCUGUGCCGGGUAAUGUUUAUUCCAAUCAACCGCCAAGUUUUAUGAAUAAUCCAAAUCCUAAAGAACCAGAACCAUACAAGCCGUUGCAGCCAAACAUAAUGUCGCCAUUGCAAAAUGUGUCUCAGACUCAAAUGUACGAUCCUAUUAGAUCUCAGCCUACUUCACAAACGCAGACAUACGGAAGCGAAAAUAUGUAUCAACAAUUACCAUCGCAAUUACCAUCACAAUUUCCAACGCAAUCAUCUGGAUGGAAUGAUCCACCCAUUGCAAAAAGUUCCAGAGCACAGCCGAAAACAGACUAUCAAUCACAAAAUCCAAUCAUGCAUCCAUUACAAACUAAUCAACCAGAAUCGAAUCCCUUACCUCAAGAUAAUUUUUAUCAAGAGCAACCUCCGGCACCUUAUAAUUCGCAAUUCAGGCAAAACCUACCGAAUGUGGCACCACUUAAUAAACCAGUUGAAUCAUUACAAUCUGCAAUGCCUACAAUGCCUGCAAUGCCUGCAGUGCCUGCGAUGCCUGCAAUGCCUGCAAUACCUGCAAUGCCUCCAAUGCCUGCAAGAGCAGUGGAAGCUGAAAAACCUACACCAAUACCUGAGCAACAUAUGCAUUUAAAAACGAUAUUGGACGAAUUAAAAAAUCAAUGUUAUGAAAAUGCAAAAAAUCCACAAAUCAAAAGAAAGAUAGAAGAUGUAUCAAAGAAAUUGGAAGUGUUGUACGAUUGUCUUAGAGAGAAUAAGUUAUCUCAGAAUACUUUGCAAGUUUUGCAUCAAAUAUCACAGAUGAUUCAAAAUGGCAAUUAUACAGGCGGAUUGGACUUACAUACGCAAUUAGUAUCAGGACCAGAUUUUAGUCAAAUAGCUUCCUUUAUGCCUGGAAUUAAAGUAUUACUUCUAAGUGCCCUUCAAUUGAGCGUUUAUAUUAGAUAGAAUGCUCAAAAAUUAUACACACAAAUUGUUUAUAUACAUUCAUUAUGAAUUUUUAUAAUUCUAGAAAGCCUUAAUGAAAGAAUUAUUUCUGUUAUAUUAAUUCUGAAUAACAUUUGAUACUAGGUAAUCAACAAUAUAGAGUAUCCAUAUAA